AGUUGACAAACAAAACUUAUCCAUUUAAUGAAUUAUUUGCACCAUCACUUUGUAGGGACAACAUGAUUAUAGAGCUGCCAUAUAUAUAUGUCCCCAGAUCCUUGUUCAGACUUGCAUCACAGAAUGCAUACUUUGGAGCACCAACUCUCAUCCACUAAAACCUACAUAUAUAAUAACUGUUUCUAAGUGAUGGAUUCCAUGGAAUCUUGUGUUCCUCCAGGCUUCAGAUUCCAUCCAACUGAUGAAGAGCUUGUUGGAUAUUACCUCAAGAAGAAGGUGGCUUCUCAGAAGAUAGACCUCGAUGUCAUUAAAGACAUUGAUCUCUAUCGCAUUGAACCAUGGGAUCUCCAAGAACGGUGUGGAAUAGGAUAUGAAGAGCAGAGUGAGUGGUACUUCUUCAGCCACAAGGAUAAGAAGUAUCCAACUGGAACUAGGACGAACAGGGCGACGAUGGCCGGGUUUUGGAAGGCAACCGGAAGAGACAAGGCUGUGCAUGAAAAGAACAGACUCAUCGGCAUGCGAAAAACACUUGUCUUUUACAAGGGAAGAGCACCAAACGGGCAGAAAACUGAUUGGAUCAUGCAUGAGUACAGACUUGAGACUGAUGAAAAUGGACCACCACAGGAAGAAGGAUGGGUGGUAUGCAGAGCAUUCAAGAAGAGAACAACCAUCCAAACAAGAAGCAUAGCUGAUGCAUGGGACUCUAGUUACUGCUACGAUGACAUUGGAAGGCUUAACUCAAUCAAUGAUCCAAUUGAAUACCUUCAAAGGCAGCCAAAAAGCUUGCUUUGUAAACGAGAGGCAGACAAUAUUGAAAACCUGAAUCUCUUGCAUUCCAACCAAUUUGUUCAGCUUCCCCAACUUGAGAGCCCAUCCAUGCCAUUAUCAGUCAAACAUCACAGCUUGCUCUCUGUUGCAUCUGAGAAUGAGGAUGAUGAACAAGCUAGAGGCAGCAAUGGCAUUGAAAAGGUGACUGAUUGGAGGGCUUUAGACAAGUUUGUGGCAUCUCAACUGAGUCAUGACGAAGACAAAAAUGAUGCUGAACAGACACCGGAUUUUGGCAUGGAUAAGCAUUCAGAUAUGGCAUUGUUUCUGCUUGAAAAUGGUAUGGAAGAUGGGAGUAAACUGAAUGAAUUUUUCAGCUCAAGUUCUGAAUGUGAUUUUGGAAUAUGCAUCUUUGAGAAGUGAUUAGAGUCAUGUUAUGGUGGUGCUGCAACUGCAGGCAUGCUUGCAUUGUUGGAUCAGACUUACCUAACUGGAGUUGGUGUAACUAGCCAGAUGGUUUCUUUAUGCAGAGGAAGUAGCCAAUGAGCUCUCCUUCUAUCUAUAUAUAUAUAUUUUUUUUUUACUUUUUAUUUUAUUUCGUGUGUCAAAAAGUCUGUUUCAUUUGUGAAUAAGAACUUGAGUUUGAGCAAGCCUCUGGAUGUAAAAAGAGGCUGCUAAAUCUAAUUAGAAGUUUAGAA